AUGGCGAAGCGUGGAUAUAAGCUCCAGGAGUUCGUGGCACAUUCCGCAAAUGUGAAUUGUCUAAGUAUCGGAAAGAAGACAUCACGGCUCCUUAUAACCGGAGGAGAUGACUGCAAGGUCAACCUCUGGUCAAUAGGAAAGUCCACCUCUCUUAUGAGUCUUUGUGGACAUACAAGCCCUGUUGACUCAGUAGCUUUCAACUCAGAAGAAUCUUUAGUCCUCGCUGGAGCUUCUUCCGGUGUGAUUAAGCUCUGGAAUCUACAAGAAGCAAAGAUGGUUCGAGGUUUUGCUGGACAUAUAUCAGAUUGUUCUGCUCUUGAGUUUCAUCCAUUUGGUCAAUACCUUGCAUCUGGAUCAAGUGACACAAAUCUAAAGAUUUGGGAUAUUAGAAAGAAAGGAUGCAUCCAAACAUAUAAAGGUCAUACUCGUGGCAUUAGCACUAUCAAGUUUACUCCUGAUGGUCGUUGGUUAGUGUCUGGUGGACUUGAUAACGUUGUAAAGAUUUGGGAUAUAACUGCUGGAAAGCUCCUGCAUGAGUUUAAGUUUCAUGAUGGACCUAUCCGUUCUUUAGACUUCCACCCUCUUGAGUUUCUCCUAGCCACUGGUUCUGCUGACAGGACUGUGAAGUUUUGGGACUUAGAAACGUUUGAAUUGAUUGGAUCUACUAGACCAGAGGCUACUGGAGUUCGCUCAAUCGCUUUUCAUCCAGACGGACAAACACUUUUCUGUGGAUUGGAUGAUGGCUUGAAGGUUUAUUCAUGGGAGCCAGUGAUAUGCCGGGAUAGUGUUGAUAUGGGAUGGUCAACCCUUGGUGACUUCUGCAUCAAUGAAGGAAACUUCGUUGGCUGUUCAUAUCACCGUAAUUCUGUUGGGAUUUGGGUCUCAGAUUUAUCGAAAGUUGAGCCGUAUGGAGCUGGAUCUGAGGAGAAAAAUGAAUGCAUUGUGAAAAGAUUCAGUGUCUUGGAUGACCAGGUGUCUGAGAGAAUGGGGAGUGGCUCAAGGGGGAGUUCAUCUCCGGAGUAUGAAACAAAAGAGAUAAAGAACAUAUACGUUGACUCCAUAGGUGGAAACUUGAGUGGUACGCAAAAUGCGGGAUCUCUGAAAGCGGCUAUAAUUAGGGCGAGCGAGAAGCAGAAUGCAGAUGGCAAGUCUUCAAGAACGCAUAGUGUUGUGGAUAGUGAUAGUGGGGAAGAAUCUUCUAAUUCAAGAAGGGAAUCUAUCCCUUUCUCAAAAACUAGUCUAAGACCAGCUCAUGUAAGAAAAACUCUAGCAAAGUUUGAAGAAUCAGUGUCUGUUCAAUCUGGAACUCGGAAGAAAAGCGCACAGGAUGUUGAAGAGGAGCCACAAACUCGAAAUGUUGAAGACUCAACCAUCAAGGGAAUCAUGUACAAGUUUGAAAAAGCUUUAUCAUCUGAACCACCAACUGAUGAAGCCACUCGUCUGCUGCAAAAGCCACCUCGUGUGCAGAGGUCAUCAUAUAACAACUAUAGUGAGUCAAGACGAGCACUGUCUGUUGAUUCCGCAACUCUCAACGAUAGUAAAGGUGGGUUGGAGUGCUCCGAAGACUUGACAACAGGUAGAAACUCAUGCAACGAGGACAUAAAUAACCAGCACAUUGCCACCAAAUCUGAAAGAGCUCUUGAAAAACAUGGUGAUGAACAGAAAAUCAAAGUUGUCUCCGGGAGGACACGCUCAUUAGUUGAGAGGUUUGAGAGAGGAGAAAAAAUUACACAUACCGAAGCAGAGAAUACUAACGCAGUGGAGCAAGAUCCGCACAAGACAUCAAGACAGACAGGUGAAACUCCUGUAGUAGUAUCUACACGACGAGCUAGAAGUACUCCAGCUAGAGUGAUGCCUAUAGUACUCAACCGGGAUAGUAGUAACAUGAAAUCUGAUGAGCCUCCUUCAACACAACCAGCUAGAACUUCUUCAGUUCCAGUGAUGCCUAUAAUACUCAACCAGUCUACUAAUGAUGAGCCUUCUGUAACAUCAACACAAUCUAGAACCUCUCCAUCCCGGACAUUACCCUUGUCACUCAGUCAGGCAACAAAUAUUGUUUUGUCAAGAAGACCACGAAGGGCUUCCUCAGCUCGAGUAAGGCCUAUGUUACUCAGUCAGACAUCUAAUGAGUGUCCUGUAACAUCAACACGUUCAGAUAGGACAUCUCCAGUUCGUGUAAUGCCAACAAAACUCAAUCAAACCGAUGACAUGAUACUGGAUACAUCUCAAAUGCUGGCUACACCCACUGAGAUUGAUAAUGUGGUUGAUAUGGAUCAGGGUGAGUCACAAACACAUGAUAGUGACAUCACUGAGAAUCUAAUGCAAACUCAUGAGGAGUUUUUAAGUACUCUUCAAUCUAGAUUGACAAAGUUACAAAUUGUUAGGCAUUUUUGGGAACGUAGCGAUGUUAAAGGCGCAAUAGGGGCUUUGAGAAAACUGACAGAUCAGUCUGUUCAAGCAGAUGUGAUCAGUAUUCUAACCGACAAGAUAGAGAUUCUCACAUUGGAUAUGUUCUCUCAGAUGAUCCCUGUCCUCACAAGCUUAUUGGGUAGCAGGACAGAGAGGCCUGUUAAUGUCUCCUUGGACAUGCUCUUGAAGCUUGUAGCAGUGUUCGGUACAGUUAUACAAUCAACUGUCUCAGCUCCACGGAUAGUUGGUGUUGAUCUUCAUGCGGAUGAAAGGAUACAAAUCUGCCAAGUUUGUUCAGCGGGACUACACAAAAUUCAAAGGAUUCUUCCUAUUCUCGCAAGAAGAGGCGGUCUAUUAACAAGAAAGGCUCAAGAACUGAAUCUUGUUCUUCAACAAACAUAGCCCCAUGCAAAAACAAACAAUGGUCAUGGAGCUGCUAUGCAAGUUCUUGUAACUGUAAACUGCAAAGAAGCAUCUUGUGUCUCUCGUAUUCCAUCUCACAGAACUAUUUAAUAUCUGCGGAUUCAUAUAUUAGUGAGAAAGGAAUAUUUAAUAUCUAGAAGAAAUACUUGGAAACUAAUUUGGUAUAUGGUUGUAAAUCUAAUCAUAUUUUUGGCAUGAGUAGCUUUAAUUCUUGAUUUGUUUCUUG